UGGAACUAUAAGAUGAAGCUCCCCAUGAGUGGGUGAUGUGUGAGAGUUUUUACUGAGCAGAGCCAACGCAAACCCUAUAAAAAAACCUCUCGUUCGAUCUUCUUUAGUCAUUAAUGGAGUUUCAUCGUCGCUCCUUUGCCGGAAACUAGCUACUUUCUCCGCCGCCGAAGCUUCGGCCAGUAUUGUCACUCUAAGCUAUGCCCCGCAUACGGUUAGUUGCUUUUUCUGCCCCACGUGCCAUGUCAAUUGUAGGGUUUUGGCUUGCAUUUGUCAUGGGAGAUUGAAUCUCCCCGAUGGUUUCCGUUUCAUCGGAAGCUCCGCCAAGGUACAAGCAGCGGAAGGUCUUCGCCGUCCGCCAUUUCCCCCGGGGAUGCGGUCCUAAAGAAGUGAAAUCUUGUAGUACACCUGUGGGAGAAAGAUCUUCUCCGGUGGUGUUUGAGAAUGGUGAGGUCACCGACUCUGAAAGUAAAUUAGUCGCCAAUUCGGAGAAUGGGAAACUUGAAGUGCGGCAAUCAGUGACGGGGUGCUCAGAGUUAUCCGAGUUUGGGAAUGGGCACUGUUAUUCGAAGCUUUAUGGAGCCCCAAAGAGGAGGAAAGUAUUUCCAUUCCGACAAUUUCCUCCUGGAUGCGGGCCAAAUUCUGACAGUAUCAGUAAAAAAUUGGCGGGGAAGAAUGUAGAUGAAGUAAGCAAGCAUUUAGCGGGUGACAGUACUAUUAGGGUUGCGGAUACUGAAAUAGUUGAAGAACAAGCGAAAAAGAAUGAUGAUAUUAAGGUAAUUCUCGAAACUGAUAAAGGAAUUCAUUCUGAGACUGGAUUCAGGCCCCAGGUUUCUUCUAUUAAACGCAAAAUUUUCGAAGGGGAGAAGAAGCACGCUGAUUUAAAACAGCAAGAAUUGCCAGGGUGUUCUGCAUCGGUUCAAUCUGAAAAUAAGAUGCAUCCCAUGAAGAAUAUGGUUUUGGUGAAGCAGUCAGUAGUGAUCGAUAAACCUGCAAGAAUAGCACAUUCGGAAAAACACUCGUAUCAUGAGAAGUCUAUGGCGAAGCUCUUAACAAUGGAGUAUAGCUCUGUGAGGGCUGAGGACAGAAACGAUUUUGAUACAACAAAAGAGGAAGUAAAAGUGUCUGGUAAAAGUAUUUUGGUCAGAUCAAACACUAACAAGAAUUUCUAUGGCAGCGGAACUCAAGGCAAUAUCGGUCAUGUUCACAUAAAAUCCUCAUUGAAAUUGGGAUCGAACUCGAUCUUUGAUCGCUCUUUGUCUGAUAAGACGCUAGGAGGUUGCAGAGGCGAUCAAGCCUACAAGAACAUUCAAAUCAAAGAAAAUGUCGGUAGUUCUUCACAUGGAGCUUUGAAAGCUAAAAUUGGAAGCAAAUUAUUGGAUGGAGAUGGCAAGUCAUUGGUUGGAAAAGAUUUGGUUAAAGCGAGUGAGAUUGCCCAAAGAGUUAAUGAUUGUUUAAAGAGAAAGUUUUUGGCAGAGAAUGACUAUAAAGAACACAUUUCAGUUGAAGGUGAUGAUUCUCUGGAAGCGUAUGGGGAGAGAAUGGUUAUUCAGGCUCUCUUGGAUGCUGAACAUUGUUCCUCAAGGAAUUCAAGGAAAUUUGCGGCAGUUGGCUCUUCUGGUUCCGUUUUUCCAAAACCGAAAGUAAAGGAGAAGGAUUUGGUAGGAAGGAACUCUGCUUCAAAGGUUUUGCCUUCUCUGCAACAGAAGAGCAAAGGCUUUAUUGAGGAUAUUGAUGCAGGACAGGGCAGGAAAAAACUCAACACAUUUAGAAAACCUAUUAAAUCUAUUCUCACCAUGACCCCAUCUGUUCCAUUCAAAUUCAGUCAGAAAAGUGUUGAUAAGGAACAAGAAUUGGCGCGACACCGAGUUAAGCGAGUUUUGAGAAUUUUUCAGCUUAUAUGCCGCAAACUUCUGCAAGUAGAGGAGUCUCGUUCAAAAAAGUUGGGUAAAAUCAAUAGGAUUGAUCUGCAGGCUUUUAAACUGCUCAAAGAUAACGGUGAAUGGGUGAGCAACGGUGAACCUGUUUUGGGUCAUGUCCAUGGAGUCGAAGUUGGUGAUGAAUUCCAUUACAGGGUGGAGCUCUCCUUGAUUGGCCUUCACCGUCUAUUUCAGGGCGGCAUAGAUAGUAUGAAGCAGAAUAAGAUGCUUGUGGCCGUCAGCAUCGUCGCUUCCGGAGGAUAUGACGAUGAUGUGGAUGGUUCCGAUGUCUUAAUAUAUUCCGGUUCAGGCGGAACAUCUGCCGGAGACAAGCAACCAGAAGAUCAAAAGCUAGAGCGUGGCAACCUUGCAUUAAAGAACAGCAUCGAAGCUCAAACACCGGUAAGGGUGAUUCUCGGUUUUAAAGAGAAAGGAGAUCCCUUUGAUGCGAAGGGAAAACUAGUCUCAACCUUCACCUAUGCUGGAUUGUAUCAUGUUGAAUCAUACUGGAGGGAGAGAGGCUCUCAUGGCUUUAAUGUCUUCAAGUUCCAGUUGAAAAGGAAGCCCGGACAACCAGAACUCGCCUUCAAAGAAAUCAAAAGGUCGACGAAGUUAAGAAUCCGUGAAGGUCUCUGUGUUAAAGACAUAACCCAGGGAAAGGAGAAGCUUCCCAUCUCGGUGGUUAAUACAAUUGACACCGACCUGCCAAAUCCUUUCAAGUAUAUCACAAAGAACAUUUACCCUUUGGGUUUUGUUAGAACACCUCCAAGAGGUUGUGGUUGCAUCCAUGGCUGCUUGGAUUCUGUGAAUUGCGCAUGCGCUGUCAAAAAUGGUGGGGAAAUACCAUACAACUUCAGUGGGGCUAUCGUUCAAGCAAAGCCACUCAUUUAUGAGUGUGGUCCUUCGUGCAAGUGCCCUCCCUCGUGCCAUAACCGUGUCGUCCAGCAUGGUAUUCGAAUGCCAUUGGAGGUCUUUAAGACCAGAGGUCGAGGUUGGGGUGUUCGAUCCCUGAAAUCUAUUUCGUCUGGCAGCUUUAUCUGUGCAUAUCUAGGAGAGUUGCUGCGAGACAGUGAGGCUGAACAGAGAACAAAUGAUGAAUAUCUUUUUGACAUUGGCCAUAAUUAUGAUGAUCGAUCUUUGUGGGAAGAUCUUCCGAAUCUUAUUCCCGAACUGCAAUCACGUUCUGCUUGUGAUACUGUGGAAAAUGUUGGCUUUACUAUUGAUGCAGCAGACUAUGGGAACAUUGGGAGAUUUAUUAACCAUAGCUGCUCUCCUAAUCUGUAUGCUCAGAAUGUUUUAUAUGACCAUGAUGACAAGAGGAUUCCUCACAUAAUGUUCUUUGCUAUGGAUAAUAUUCCGCCACUGCAGGAGCUAACUUAUCACUACAACUAUGCGAUAGAUGAAGUUCGUGAUUCUGAAGGAAAUGUAAAGCAGAAGGCUUGCCAUUGUGGCUCCCCUGAAUGUCGCGGCAGGCUUUACUGAGAUUGUCUUUCUGUGUUUUCCUAUGCUGGUGUGAAGCUGCAAAACUAAUCAUGCGGAAUCAUCGUUCUCGAGUAUGUACUUAGGGUUACAGUCUUCAUGAUGAAGCUGAAGAGUUUUAUGUGGUUAUUAUCAAGCAUUGUUCAUUACUGACUGGAGCAUUUCAUAUAUUGACUACCAUGGAUUUUUUAUCGGCAGUUGCUUGUUCAGAGCAGGAUUUACUAACAGUGUUUAGAGAUGCUAAAUUGAUAUUAAUAUGAGGAUUACCGUUGAUCGAUGUGGAUCACAUUUUGAAGUGGAAUUGGAGAAAAUGAAAGCCAGCUGCUCUGGACGCGGGUGUGUUGGUGGUUGCGAAUGGGAGCUGAUUUCCUGAUGGGGAAGGUGUUGUUGGGGCUGCUGGAAUCUUGGCGAGCAGCACUGUUUGGUACGGCCUUUCUUACCUUUUUAUUUUAUUUUAUUUUAUUUCUUGUUUGGGGCUUUUUUGUGACAGGAUUUGUAGUUUUUGAAGCUUUGCUUGCUGCUUCAGGCUUAUAGAAUGGCAUUUUUUUUUUUGGAAUCUUUAAUGGAAAAUUGGUUAUUUUGUUUAACCAUUCUAGAUAUAUAUUUCACACACGCACACCCACUAUCUAUACACACACGAGCGCACACACACGCAUAUAAGUGCGCGCCACGCACACCCACUCUCUAUACACACACGAGCGCACGCACACGCAUAUAAGUGUAUGCGCGCGAACACACACACGAAGAAGGUUUGAUGCGGCAAAGUAAUGAAUUAUUGUAUCAGCAUUUUACAAAAAUCAAACACACACUCGUGUAAUUAAAGAUAAGCAGGAGGAAACCCAUCAAUUUUUGUGUUUAAAACCCUGGAGAAAGCGAAAAAAAAUCAU